AUGUGGACUAGUGUAGAAGACUUAGCUGUCAUCUCGGCUGAGAACAUGCCAAUGAGAAUUACACCUACUGGACAGGUAAGCCGAACUCUUUCCAGGGUGUACCAUGUUUCCUGUGAAUGUGACGUCAGAUACUAUCCACUGGACAGACAGAUAUGUUACAUCAAAAUCACAACAUCCGGGUACACUCAGGGUGAAAUUGAUCUUCGAUUCGAUAAACCCGCUGUAGAUCUCUCCGAAUACGUUCGCAAUGGAGAAUGGGAAAUUGUUUCCAUUGGGGAAGCUCCGUCAUUGCAGCAAACCAAGUCAAGGAACGGGUACAAAUUUUCCAGCAUAGCAUUUCAACUUCAGUUAAGAAGACGUCUUUUGUUCCACAUCCUGAACUCGGUAUAUCCUGUGUUUUUGAUUGGCAUGCUUAUUCCAUUUGUAUUCAAACUUGGAGAGACAAGCGUUAAAAUUGACUUUUCUUUGACGGUCCUUUUAUCAUAUGCUGUAUACGUGACCAUGAUUGCUGAAAACAUCCCCAGCACCUCUAUGUCUGUGUGUUAUUUAUCUAUGUAUUUGACAAUGAUUCUGACGAUAUCAACGCUGUCCAUCUUUAUCGUUAUUUUGGGGUCCAAGAUAGCCAACAAAGAAGACAAGGUGUCACCAGGAGUUAGGGCAUUUGUGCGCUGCCUCAGAAAAAUGUUGUGCUGCUCCAGACACUCUUGUUGUGGUCGUAGUAGCGUAGCCUGUGACGCAAAAGAAGUUCACGUCUGCAUGGAAGAAACUGGUAGAAUCCAUGGAGAGGGGAGUUCGCUGAAAGCAGUGGAGUAUGUACCACAUUUCGAAAAGCAUGAAAAUCCUGAGGAAGUUACGUGGGGAGAUUUUGUGUGUGUUUUGGACAGCCUUUUAUUUAUUGUGUUCUUUCUGUUUAUCAUUACAACUUCUUUGGUUCUUUUUAUCGUUUGGGGCAUCCAAUAUGAGUUAUGA